UCCGGCAUCCAUACACUUGGCUGUUGCCUGAGAACAGUUAACUUGGAGGCUCAUGCGACGCCCGAAUCAAACGUCUGACUAAAGGUAUGACCGGUGUCAAUUUUGGGGGAAGCGAAAGGACUAUAUACGAGUACAUAUGCCCCACGUCCCGGCGACCUUGAGUUGAGCUCCAAACUCAUUAUGGGUUCUCGACCAAGCUUCCGCCUCCAGCGCUCGGCGCACCUGCUCCCCCUCGCCCUUACCUUCCUCCUCACGCUGACCACCGCGCAAAAACUCGUCAAUGGGGUCGCAGCCGGCACCGAUGUCGCCGCCGGCGCCGAUGCCGCCCCGGACGAGGCGGGUAACUGCGGCUUCGAGGGAAACCAAGAUGUCUACGGCCUCGGAAUCCGGCUGGGACUGUACUCGCAAUGGCUGUCCACGCUGAUCAGCAAUUUCAUGCAUACGCAGAACCUCACGCGGAUGAGGGAUAUCAACACCAUGUUUUCGCUCGCCAUGUCGAUCGCUCUCAUUGCACUGUCCACCGCCACCACGAAACCCCGCGCGAUCGAAAUGUACAUCAUCAUCAUGCAGAUUGUUGGAAGUUCGUGCACAAUCUCUGCGCAAGCCACGCACAAGUCCAAAUGGGGGGAGACCUCGUGGGGCGGUGUGAUCCGCUUCAUGAUCUACUUCGUGGUCGCAGCCUACAGCACAUUUUUCUGGUUCAGAGACGUCAACCUGCUGCAGCCCUUGCCGGCGGGCUGCGAGGCGUACGGCUUCAUGUUCAUCAAAGUCCCGCUGCUGAAGCCGUGGUUCCGCACGACGCACAAGAUCAUCUGCUCGCUGGCGCUGCUAGUCUUCACUACUCUCUUCGGCUACAUCAGCUGGCAGCACGGCAGCAGCUUCGUCGAUCGCUCCUUCGUUGGCACCCACCGCCUCCGCAAGAAGGGCGGGUUCGAAGGGCUGCUCGCCGACGCUAUCGAUCCGAACGUGCAGAUUCCCGUCGUGCAUAAGUUCACGCCCAUCCUGUGUAUCGUCAUCCUAGGCGUGUCCAUCUCCGCGAUUGAGGCUCUGAUCCUGUGGAAUGGCAUCACGCGCGUCAAUGAUGCGCUCAGUACCGGACAGUUGAUUCCGCUGGUGACCGGAGUGGGAGGUUUGAUCAGGGUGCUGUAUUUGAUGUAUUCCACGCCAGGAUUGAAACUGCAUGUAAUUAGACAGGAGAGAAAUGUUUCGGUUGGAAGACAGCAGGCUGGUGCCGGUCAGAAGGGAUUGGAGAUGGCCAGGCCGGGCCAGAGGGGGCCAGAGGGGGUUUGGCAACCACCGCAGGGUGCAGAGAGGAUGGUUUGAUGAUAGGCGGUUGCAUGUAGUGGGUUAUGUGAGGGCUCCGUAUUUUAUGGUAAUGAAAUAAAGUGAUCCAUUUUUCAAGUACACCGUUGAUGGUAAAACAUGUAGACGAUCAUAAUCAAUCACACAUCAAAAAUCUCAUUCCCAAAUGAUUCCCACCC